AUGGCAUCGAUAGCUCCGAGCAGAAAUGUGGGUCCGAAACCUAUGCACCGUGGUCCUUCAUCGAAGAAAACUCAACUGAUUAAUGCAAAAAAGUCUGGACCAAAAGUGGACAAUCCAGAACUAGGUAUCAUUUCCGGGAACUUUAAACUUGUGGUGCGAUUGCUCCCGCCUGCGCUAUCUGAGUCCGAUUUUCUCACUCAGUUGGAAGGACUUUAUCCCCAAAAAGAAAACAAAAUUGUACGACAUUACUAUGUCAAAGGUUCAUAUCCCCAGAAACCUUUUGAGUUGCCCGUAUACAGCCGUGCUUAUGUUAGUUUCAAAAAUGUUGCCGACAUGAAUGAAUUCACUGGCCUUGUUAGAGACAAAUCAUUUCAUGACGAAAAGGACUCGACCAUUCCAAUUAUCGAAAAGUCUUUAUUUCAAAAGAUGAUUGAUGGCAGACAAAUAAAUACUAGUGGUGCAAUAGUCAAUAAGAGAAAUAAAGGAAGGGACAAAAGGAAAGCAGUCCCAUUGGAAGACGACGAUAUAUACCAAAGGUUUUUGCAAUUUUUGAACCAUGAAAUUCCUGAAUUCGAUCUUAUUAAAGUCAAGGAACCGGCUGGGAAGAAAAGAAACAAGCUGAAAGCCACUACUAAAGUUGCUGCUACUGCUACUGAUUCCCCUUCUUCCUCUUCUUCUUCUUCUUUGGAUGCUUUGUCAAAAAAAACCAGAGGCAAAAAGAAAAAGACAUCUAAGAUUGUAAAAAAAGGAGGUGUACCCGAUUCUGGUCAAUCAAAAGGCAAUAAAAACGUCAAUACGAAAGAUAAUGUAGAGCAGCAGAAAGUUAAAGAUCAGAAAGUUGGCAAGAACAAGAACAGAAAGAAAAGCAAGACUACAGCAAAAGAUGGCGUCGAAAAUAAAAAACCUGCUCUGCUGCAAACGGCAGGUGAAAAACAAACAGAAUCUGAUAGCCUUGCGAAGCAACUGAAGAACAAGAGAAGAAAAAAGAAGAAGGAAACACAGGCUAAGAGCGAGAACAACGAAACAAAAGAAAAAGAACAAAAAAGUACGGAAUCUAGUGGUACACUAGAGCCUAAUCGGCUGAGGAGACGACGUUCUAGAAAAGAUCGAGUAGAGACUAAACAACAACAACAACAACAACAACAGAGUAAUUCGCAUAGUGAUGAUCCGCGACCAUUACGAAGAGCAGAAAAUGCACCCAAGAAACCAAUAAAGAUUCUUAGCUCAAAAGCUGAAAAGCAAUCAGAAGAUAUUUGA